ACUUCAUUUUAUUUAGACACAACAUUCAACUAUAUUAAAGAAAAUUGAUCACAUUGAUAAUGCAGCGAACAAAAACACUUUAUAGAGAUACAGUGAUGGAUCAUUGAAGCAUAAUGCUGGUAGUUCUUUAGAACAACCAGUUUUAGAAGAUUUUUUGAAGAACAAAAGUCAAAUUGCAGAAUUAACAAAAGUAGUUGAUAUUUACACUACUGCAUGACUAUUUACUGGUACAUUGCUAGUGAACGAUGAUUUGGAAGAAAUCGACGCAUUCAACUUGAACUUUCUAAAUUAUGAAGACCAUGAUUUGCCAUAUGCAUUACCAAAACACCAUCAAUGUUGUGCACACACAAUACAUUUUAUAGCAACAAUGGACUCUAAAAACGCUAUCUUGCAUACAAAAAACAGUCACGAAGCACUUUUGCCAUGUCUACCGCUUUGUGGAAUAAACAAGGUCGCUCAACCAAGUCAGCUGAUUUAUUUAAACAAAAACUUGGUGUUUAUUGAAUUACACCUAACGAGACACGGAAUUCACUGUAUGAUGCAGUGGUGCUGCUUAAUAAAUUAAUUAAAAAUAAUGAACUGAAGUUUAGAAUAACAAUGGACAAAUUGGCUAUUGACAGAUUUAAUAGAAGUGAUAUUUAUUUCAUGUGUCAAUAUCAAACAAUUAUGGGGCCAAUUUCAAUAAGCUUGGAUUUACUCCAGGGUGAUACUAACAUGUACUUUGGUCAUAUCCUACCUACAAUUGAAGUAUUAAUUUAUAAAUAUGAAUUAAUGACAAGUGAUCAAACAGUUUCUAAUUAUUUGAAACCUCUGGUGACUGCCAUACUUAAUGGUAUGAAAACAAGGUUUGCCAAUUAUUUGAUAGACAAAUUUUUAAUUACUGCUGCAGUCAGUUACCCACUAUUUAAAAAAGCAUUGAUUACAAAUGAUAUAAAAAAGCAAUUGGCCUCAGAAUAUUUAAAAUGUGCCUGUUAUGACUUACAUACCAGUGAUAAUGACAAUAAUGAUGUGGAAGGUAACCAAAUGAAAGAUAAUUUAUCUACCUUUUUUACCGGGUCACAAAAUUCCCGAGAGGAAAAAUCAACAGUUAGUGAUGAAAUAGAUAGAUAUUUGGGCACAUCUACAACAAAGACUUUAGAAUAUUUGCAUAAUUUACCCAUUAUCAAAAAAUUUUCAGGUAUUUGUGAAGUACAGCAAUCCACUACCUGGCAGUGAAUCAGUAGAGAGAGUGUUUAGUGUUGGUGAAGUAACAAUACAAAAAAUGAACAAAUAUGACGGAUCAACAUUUCAAACAAAUAAUGUUCUUAAAAUGCAGCACUCA